CGACACACUUUCGCACUAGAUCUCUUUGGUGAGGAUCCUCUCAAGGAGAUAGUCCUCGGCCUCCCAAGAUGUGCGGCGAUGACCCAUUGUGGCUGCAUAGGAAGCCAGUUGAGAUUGCGCGCUCGGCGCGUCGAUCGCCAGAAGGGGCUAAGUCACCAAGCAGCAUCUGGUGAGAUUGUAAGAGGACGACCUGGUUCUUGCCGGGGAUGGCGUCGUCGGCCUCUCUCUCCGUAGAGCACAGACUAUGCUUGGAAACGGCAGCGCAUCAAGUUUGUGGGACAUCUAGAGCUGGAUAUACACUUUCAAGGAGCCGUGGUCGAGCUGGGCGAAACUUUCCUUUGCUUUGUUCUCUCCUUGCAGCAUUUCACAUCAGCGCUCCCUAGCCGACAUGUCCCUUCGUUCUGGCACCAGCGGCCUUGACAGUGUUGACGUCGAGAAAGUCAACAGAUCCGUGUCGCCGCUUCACAGGAAUAGCACUUCUGGCUUCAGCGGGCCAGCACACCCAAGCUUCAACUUCAACGCGCCAGCAAGCGCACAAGGGUUCAGUUAUCAUCGUACCGAUAGUCCAGGAGGCUUUAAUUUCAACCGGACCGACAGCCCAGGCUUCGCAAGGACGCAAAGUCCGAGUGUCAGGUUGAGCACAAGCAGUGCAGGCGAGCGCAUCACGGGUAACCUGCUGCGAGCAAAGAGCACUCCGCACGUUGCCCCGUCUGCAAACUCGACAUCUCCUAGCAGUUCCACUUCAAUCGAGUACUCCAAUCCACCACAGAGUUGGCAGCGGCCCAGCGAGGACGAUACGCCUCGUUAUCAGCCUAGACGACACACUUUUGUAGAGCUUCCUGCAGACCCUACGGCUGGAAGGAUACCAAGCCUCAGUCAAAGAUCAUCGAAGCCGGACUUCUUGAAAGGUCCACCCCCGCCACCUCCGCCUGCAGUACCUCCCAUGCCCACUGCACCGUCAAAGGCAAGGUACUCGCAGCAAUCGAGCAAAUCGCACGAGGUCCACGAAAUGAAGCAAGCGCCCUUCCAAAUGCGAUCCGACAGUCAGAUGCAGACUGAGAGUAUGCGGUCGCUCGUACCUACCAUUCGCGAGAAAUCUUCCUUCAUUGACGGGCCGAGCACUUUUGCCCAGCGGGUCUUUGAAGCCGGCAAGCCAGACCUGUUGUACGACCUACGAACAACGAUCCUGCUCAAGGAUCAUAAAGAUGGCUUUCUGGAUUUGACAACGCUUCAGCGGAUGAGCACACAUGUAUUGCAGCAGAAGCUGGUAGAGCAGGUGAAGGCGAUCGGUGACCGAGGAGCAUGGAUGGAGAUUGGAAUCAAGGACGCCCUACACGACUAUUGUGAAGCGAUACGCGACUUGCAAUUUAUGGAGUCGUGCGGGACGAACGGGAAGGACAACGAUCCUUUUCUGCUGUCUACCGUCAAACCUAUGGACUGUCAACUGCUCGAAGACGCGGGUUUGGCGUGGAGAGACUCGAAACACAAGCCUGCUCGACAACACCCAGACCGCCUUGAAUACACAAAGCGGGUCUCGCCUGUGAGGCAACGGCUGCGAAGACUCCUGAUGGCGCUCCUGGGCGGACUAGCACUUAUCGCGCCCUUCCUCAUCAUCACGCUGCUCCAAGGCCAGUUGGUGAGACUCGUCGUCACCUGUGGCUUCAUGGUAGUCUUUGCAAUAGCAGCGGCGAUAGGCAGCGAGCUCUCUCCGGAUCGGGUAGCACUGGCUACUGCAGCGUAUGCCGCAGCCCUCGUGAUUUUCGUCGGCAACAACCCUCCAACUUGGCAGUAUUAAUGAGCAACAGGGCGUCUUCUUUGGUUUCCUA